AUUUCAGAAAUCCGAGAAUUGUUUCGUAUUUUUGACAAGAAUCACGACAAUACGAUAUCGUCGAAUGAGCUGGGGAAAGUGUUGAAAUGUAUGGGUAUGCAGAUGUCGGAUGAGGAAAUCGGGAUGUAUAUGGAGGAGUUGGAUAAAGAGGGUAAUGGACGAAUAGAGUAUCGCGAAUUCCACAGUUUUAUGCAAGAGGAACUAAAGAAGGCGGAAGAUCCCGCCCAUAGAGAACAAGCAGUCCGUAGUGCCUUCAAGGUGUUCGAUAAGGAAUCGGAUGGACUGAUAGAGCUCUCGGAGUUCAAGUCGACCAUGAAGACGCUGGGGGAGCCGUUGACAGACGAAGAACUGGACGAUAUGCUUAAAAUUGUGAACGUUACGGAAGAUGGAAAGAUCAAUUAUGAAGGUAAGCUGCCAUUUGGAUACUUUAAUGGGGAAGGACUGUAG